CCCUGACAUCUUGCCAGGGCAACCGCAGCAGGAAUCCUUAAUCAGUGCCAUCCUUAUCUCUAGAAACAGAGCGUGAAUUAUUCAACCAGGUGGUGACUAUAAAUUUCCCCACACGAGAGCCAUGUACCUCACAAAACAGUUUCGCUGCGUGACUGUUACACGCCGCAACAUGCUCAAUUUCAUCUGGGACACAUGGCGGUGGAUGUUCCCGCCCAGCACUCUCCCCCCGGGACCCCGGGGCUUGCCCGUCGUGGGGGCGCUGCCGUACCUUGGCAGGGACGUCACGGGGACCCUAGAGACCUGGGCGCGGGAGUACGGACCUGUUUUUAGCGCUAAUUUUGGAAGUCGACCUGUUGUGUUUCUGAACGGGUUUGAUGUGAUUAAAGAGGCGCUGGUGACCAGACGGUCCGAGUUCUCCGGACGGCCGUACUUGUAUUCUAUCCACAGAGUGUUCAAGGGAAAAGGUAUCCACAGCGUCGACUACGGCCCCUGUUGGCGCCACCAGAGACAGUUCACAGAAAAACUGAUGUACGAGGAAAACCUGGAGGCCAUCAUCCAGCGAGAAUCUCGCCACUUAACGGACAGAAUUCAAACGUUUGGCGGGCGACCUUUUGACCCUGCCAAACUAAUGAACGUUGCCGCUGCCAACAUCAUGUGUUCGGUGCUUUUUGGGGAGAGAUAUGAUUUCGAUAAUGAAGACAUACAGCGGUUACUAAGUCUCAUUUCAGACGCGCUAAAACUUGCAAAUGGUGCUUUUAAUUUCAUAUGGAUUGCUCGGUUCUUUCCGUCGGCUAGACGCUUCGACGCACUGGCAGACGAGAUCUUGAAGACUGUGGAGAAGAUUGUUAAGCCCCAUCUGGACUCCUAUGACCCCACCAAGACACGCCAUUUCUUAGAUGCUUAUAUGCAUAAGAUCCACCAGUCGCCACACUCGGACACCUUCAAUACUGAUCAGCUGAUGUCGGUCGUCCUUGACGUCAUACUGGCCGGUUCCCAGAAUGCUACAACCAUGAUGAAAUGGUGCCUUCUUUAUCUGGCCACACACCAAGAUGUGCAGACGACAGUUUACUCUGAACUUCAACAGGUGCUAGAGAACAACCCCUUGUCCUACGAUCUCCGUCCACAGCUACCGUACACCGAGGCCACAGUACUGGAGGUGAUACGACGAAACACUGGACGGUUCCCUCUUGGUGCAUCUCACGCGACCACGUGUGACGUCACCUUCAGGGGGUACGUCAUCCCCAAAAGCACUUACGUCAGCGUCAACCUGAACUCCGUCUUCAUGGACGAGAAACUGUGGCCGGAGCCAAUGAAAUUCCGACCGCAGCGCUUCCUGGCGGAGAGCGGAGAGGUCAAGGAGCCUGAAUACUUCAUGCCUUUUGGUUUAGGUGAUCGUAGCUGUAUGGGUGAGGGCAUCGCACGGCGGGAACUCUUCACCUUCGUGGCGUCUCUAGUGAACGCUUUCCACUGGAAGUUUCCCGAGGAGAAACCAGGUCCCAAUCUACAAGAGAAGGUCUAUGCGCCACCGCAGUUUGAAGUGUGUGCAGUACCCCGCCGGCAAUAACUGGGCACUUUCCUGUCUGCGAGUUUUAGGAACGUUAGUUUCACCUUUGUUAUGCAAGAUCAACAAAAGAAAACUUCCAAAGGUACUCGGAAAUCAAGGAGCAAUUAAACUCCUCGGGUAUUCAGAUUUCUUCGGUCUUGGAACGGAUUCGUAUUAAGCAGAGAACAUUAUGCUAACUUUACUGAGGAUAAUUUUUCAUGGGCCCGAUCAAAUAUCGUUGUAUUGAUUCUCAAAGCUAUUGCAAGUGUUGUGCAGCGCAAUGAGAAGAUCACCGCCGUCUCAUCUACCGCAAUCGGACCUCGUGCACUUACCAAGUCGAGCAUGAUUUCGUCUGCAGCGGGCAUCCCCGUUAAAAAGGAAAAGGAGAGAUUAUUUAAUAAGCGGCGCUAGGAUUACAAACAGCUUCUAGCAUACACCCAUAUAUCUGAUAAGAGCGAAAUAUAUUUUACUGAAUUACUUGUUUUUGAACUGUCCGAAUUAGGGUGAAAUGUUCUUUUUUGGCGUUACAGUUGGAACAAUACUUAAAACCUGAGCAUUAUUUAAAAUUGAAGCAAAGACGAUGUAUUUUAUAAUUAUUCCAAGUUUUAAAUAUUUCAUAAUUUUAUAUAGUAUAGUAUUUAUUAUUGGUAUCGAAAGAUAAGAGUUAAUAUUUCUAUAGUUACAGUUUUUAGAUUUUCAGAGGCACUGGCACCUUGUACUUCACAACACAAACUGUAUGAUGUAGUCACGUGACAAGACAAGCUGUUAUAGCUAUAGACAACAAAAUUAGUAUGUUAAUUUAUGUGACAACCCAACUCGUUAAAACACAGUUGGAGCACUUCCUGCAACAGUUUUUGUAUCGUUGUCGUGUUUGUAAUGUUGUAUGACUCUAGGUGCGAGUUCU